GCCCGGCGGGGCAGGGGUCGUGCGCGUGGCGACUUUGCUUCAACUUUAUGAUGUCUUCCCCUGAAAUUGCUUCCCUUUCUUGGGGUCAGAUGAAGGUGAAAGGCUGCUCUACAACAUACAAGGACUGCAAAGUAUGGCCGGGAGGAAGCCGAACCUGGGAUUGGCGAGAAACUGGGACUAAUCAUUCUCCAGGAGUGCAGCCAGCUGACCUUGAAGAAGUUGUCAAGAAGGGUGUUAAAACUGUGGUGAUUGGUCGUGGCAUGAGCGAGGCUUUGCAGGUUCCACCAUCUACUGUGGACUAUCUGAAGAAAAACGGGAUCGAUGUGUUGGUCUUGCAAACAGAGAAGGCUGUGGAAGAGUACAAUGCCCUGGCUGCUCAGGGUGUCAAAGUGGGGGGAGUUUUCCAUUCAACCUGCUGAAGCGUUGCAGCUCAUUCUGCCUUCCUUGUCCGCAGCCAAACCAUGGACACACCUCUCCGCUGAAUCAAGUUACAGUCAGAGGGUGGACUUAUGUGCCAAGGCAUUUGUGCACUGACAAUCUAAAAUGCAAGGACAGUUUUAGUUCAGGAUUUAAACAAAUUGAGUGCUCACAAAAGGGGGCUGUUAAUGAAAUCAUUUAAUUACAAACCAUUUCCAUAUGUUCUUGAGAUUGACCUAAUCUUCCGCUGAAGACUGUCCAUAUUCUGGUUACUUAACUUUUCACCUGUUGGCUAAAUUAAGAUUUUAGUUUUGAAUACUUUUUAUUAGGAAGUGGCCUGAAAUUAUAUUAUCGCCUGUUGGAAUGAAGCCAUAAGACAGCUGAUGAGUACAAUCAAGUGGUAGAAACAAGGCAGUGGAAAAGAAGCACUUUACCACUACUGUAUAAAUAAGUUAAAAAUAAAAUAAAUUAAAAAGCGAACCCAGAACAUACAACUUUGCCUCCUGCUGGCGACUUCAGUCAGGAUAUUGGCUAUGCAGACCUGUUUGUGAUGAUUC